AUCUAGAAUAACCAAUCUAGACCCCGUGGAAGAUCACGGGUUCCGCAACCCUACAGGCCACACAUUAGUACUAGGGUCAGGAACAAGUCAAGUGCGGACCGAAGUUAGGUGGAAGAGAUGGCAAGCCGUUCCAGCCUCGUGUUUUUGAGGUGUGAUAUGAACUUAGUUCACCAGUGGUCACGGUGGCGUUCGCAUACCCGCGGGAUCGAUCCCAGGACUGAUCACUGCCAUAUCUGUUGGCUGUUGCCAAGUGUCUCAGUGGUAUGGCUGGACAAUACCCCUCAUUUAGAACCCUUUCCUACUGAUUCUUCUCCGCAGCCGUUACAUCAAUUUAAUCCCCCACGGAGCUGUUCUCGAGGUCUUCCAGGUCCCCAAAUGACCAGCUGGCAACUGGGCCGGUGACCUUUGGAGUCCGUGUUUCCAAUAAUCCCAAUGUAGUGCGCUUAGUCACACUUUUUUCCACGGGCCCUCUAUUACUUACAUGCUUUCGGUUUUCAAUACGCAUGCCAUGGCACCCUUGGCGAUAAUCACCGUCC